AGUUCAGUCUUCUUUUCCCCUCUCUCAGGUCCCAUCCCUUUAAAAGUAUCACUUUACGUAUUUCAUACCUGUUUUCUUUUAAUAGUCCAAGUCAAUAUGGACGGCUUCCUCGGUAAAAUCAUCGAAAAAGUCGCUGGUGGUGGCAGCAGCAGCAACAGCGGCGGCGGCGACGGCUACUCCUCCUACAAUCAGCAGCCCAGCUACGGUGGACAAGGGCAAGGUUACAAUUCAGGUCCUGCCCCUCCCCAGGACCUCCCUUACCCGUGGGUCGCCCGCUGGGAUGAUCGCGACCAGCGCUGGUUUUACGUGAACGAGCAGACCGGCGAGAGGUCCUGGGAUCGGCCGUACGGCGGCAGUGGCGGUCAGUCUUACGGAGAGCGAUCGUACGGCCAGCCUCAGCCUUCGUAUGGGUAUGAAGGCGGCUAUGGGCAGCCACAGGAACAGCGACCGGAACACAAGGAUCAUAGUAUGAUGUAUGGUGCGGCGGCGGGCGCGGCCGGUUUAGUGGGUGGUGCGAUACUGAUGCAUGAGGGGGAGAAAAUCCAUGAGGACUGGGAUGAGGAUAAGGAGAGAAUCGAGCAGAAUGUUGAGGAUUUCCCUGAGGAUGCGGCACGGUGGACCGGCGAAAAGGUUGGUGAAGUGGAGGCGAUUCCAGAGAAUAUCGAACAGGGCUGGGAUCGCACCGAAGACCGCAUCGAGAAUAAGUGGAACAAUGCGGUCGACGACGUCGAGGACUUUCCGGAGAAUGCGGCAGAAUGGACUGGACGAAAAGUCGGCGAGGUGGAACAAUUUGGCGACAAUAUAGACAAUGCCUAUGAUGAGGGAAGGGCUGAAGGUCGGGAUGAUUGGUAGACGCCUUCAUAAGGGGUCAUACCGCAUUUCGAUAAGGUCAUUUAUGCAUCAUUCGCAUAGCAGUAUUGCAGUCAUGAUGUACUCGUCGAUAAAUGACAAUGUUUGAAU